AUGGCAAAAGGCCGCAAGAAGCGCUCGCGCGAUGACUUCGAGCGCGACAACCUCAUGGGCAUCAGCAACACCGUGUCGCACCUGCAAGAACCGAAGCGUGGCGCAAUACCGUCACCAUCCUCCGACAAUGGCCCUACCCGUGGCGCCAAGGACGACGGCGACGCUGCAGACUCGGGCGGCGAGUGGCAGACUGUCGAGCGGAGGCAGAAACGCAAGAAGACGAAUGACUAUCCCUCCGUCUCCCACUCGACCCACGCCCGACUGCAAAGCUUCGUCAAGCUGGGCGAUCUGCAAAACCUCAUCCUCUACCUGCUGGCCGACGGGACCGGUCCGCAAUGGUGCUCGGUCCAGCAUCACAAGAACGUGAGAAAGGUCGUUGCCCUCAUGGUUCCUGGCUUAGAAGCUGGCAUGUUCGAUGGCCGCAUACCUGUUGUCGACGACGAAUCCAAUUCCGCCGCCAAUGGUCAUGCCACGCAAAUGCGGUCUCCCGAGGCAACGGAUACCACAACCGAUGGCUUCACGCAAGUCUCUUACGCCAAACAGAAGGCUUCACCGGACGACUACUACCCAACCAAACUGAGCAAGGACCAUCUAGCUGUGCCUCUUCGCCCAUUGGCAGACGUUUUCGACCAUGUUUGGCCGAUCAAAGCUCCUGGCGACGACAAGUACGCCAAGUUGCAUUCUCCCUUGGCCACGAUCCUCAUCUCGCCCAUUCCCAAGGUGCUCCCAAAGGCGAAGGAAGAGUCGAAAUGGAAAGGACCGAAACCGCCAUCUGAGAGCAGAGAAUGGAAGAACAGGCGCACCCCAGUCACCGAGCUACUCGCAUCGACAGAAGAGCUUCUCGAAGAAGGCUACACCAUGCAUCCUGCCCACUUCACCGGCUCCAGCUCUGCAGAUGCAGAGGCUGCCCGCCGUAAAUCAUCCAAGACCACUAGCUCUGACGGCUGGAUGGACACUGCCGAUAUUCCAGACAUGUCGGCCGGUGAAAUUGCAGAGAAAGACAUCGAGAGCGGUUCUGUGACCGCAGGUAGGAGGAUACUUGCUAUGGACUGCGAAAUGUGCAUUACUUCGCCCCAACGACACACUCCACAAGUCUUCAGCCUUACUCGCAUUUCUCUCAUAGAUUGGGAUGGCAACGUCGUUCUGGACGAGUUGGUGAAGCCGGCAGACCCUAUCACGGAUUACCUCACUCCUUACUCCGGAAUGACGGCAGCGAUGCUGGAAACCGUUACCACGACCUUGUCUGAUAUUCAGACGAAGCUGCAGUCCAUCCUUACGCCCCAGACGAUACUAGUUGGCCACUCAUUGAAUAGCGACUUAAACGCCCUCCAAAUAACCCACCCUUACAUCAUCGACACGGCAUUGCUGUUCCCGCACCCACGUGGUCCGCCUCUGAAGUCCUCGUUGAAGUGGCUAGCGCAGAAGUACCUGUCCCGCGAAAUCCAGAAAGGCCACGGCUCGACAGGCCAUGACAGCGUUGAAGACGCCCGGGCUUGUCUUGAUCUCGUGAAACAGAAGACCGAGAAGGGCAAAACGUGGGGGACCUCGGAAGCGAGCGGCGAAAGUAUAUUCAAGCGUCUGUCGCGAGCAACCCGGCCGAAGAAACACAAGGUCAACUACAGCGCUGACGAGGAGACGCGAAUUGGUGCUGUGGUCGAUUGGGGAGACCCGAGUCGUGGCUAUGGCGCACAGGCAAAGGUUGCCAUCGGCUGCGAGAACGACGCGGAGGUCGUGUCAGGUGUCAAACGUGCGCUUUCGGGUGACGACAACAGCAGUGUGGUGCCUCAGGGUGGCUGCGACUUCAUCUGGGCACGUUUCCGCGAGCUCGAGGCGUAUCGCGGCUGGUGGAACCGCUCCAAGCUCGCGGAUUCAGAAGAGCUCCGCUCGAACACGACGGAAACUGUUCAAGGCGACUCCUUGGAGACGAUGAUGAAGAACACGGUGCAACGUAUUCGGGAGAUCUUCGAGGCCUUGCCGCCGUGCACAGCUCUGUUCGUUUACAGCGGCUCUGGUGAUCCACGGGAGCUCACCGAGUUGCAGAGUCUCCAGCAGAAGUUCAAGGCCGAGUAUCGGGUCAAGAAGUGGGACGAGCUCAGCGUGCGGUGGACGGACGUGGAGGAGCAGAGGCUAAGGAAGGCCUGCGAGACGGCUCGGAAAGGUAUCGGAUUCAUCACUGUCAAGUGA